AAUGUAGUAUAAUCAUUAACCGACAUCUGCAGUGUUAAAUACCUGGCUUCGCGCCUCUCUGUCUGCUACCGUAGAUACUCUCUGGGAAACCAUUCUCCCCUGCCACAAAGACCGGAUAUAAAAAUGGCAUCCAAAACCUGGAAGCUCGGAGUUAUCGGGUACGGCCUCAGCGCCAAGACGUUCCAUAUCCCAUUCAUCGAGGAUGUUCCUGAACUGAAACUGUAUGCGGUCGUCCAGCGGACGCCCAAGCCAGACGACGAUGCGGAGAAAGAUCAUCCGGGUAUCAAGUCCUACCGAACCGCCGAGGAGCUGAUCAAGGAUGAGGGCGUGGAUGUGGUGGUGAUCACCACCGGUCCCGACUCGCAUUUCGAGCUUGCGAAGGCAGCAUUGGAGGCCGGCAAGCAUGUGGUUUGUGAGAAGCCUUUCACCCCUACCUCCAAGGAAGCCGACGAGCUCGUUGCGCUCGCCAAGGAGAAGAACAGGCUCCUAGCCGUAUAUCAGAACCGUCGCUUCGACGCUGACUAUGUCACCGCAUCCAAAUUGGUCAACAGCGGUACCCUUGGACGUGUCGUCGAGUUCGAAACGCAUUUCGACCGCCAUCGCCCGGAGGAACCCCCCGCAAGUGCUUCGAAAUGGAAGAACAAGGUCAUUCCCGGCGGGAGCGCCAUCUAUGACCUGGGAACACAUCUGCUGGAUCAGGCGGUACACCUGUUUGGCAAGCCAAACAGGGUCACCGGAUUCGUCGGCACACAGAGAGCACGCAACACCUCGGGCUACGAAGACUCGUUUACCGUCCUGCUACACUAUAAGACCGGUCUCCUGGUGACGGCCAAGGCUGGUGUCGUGAGCCCGGAGGAGGAACAGCUCCGAUUCUGGAUCCGUGGGGAGAAGGGUAGCUAUAAGAAGUUCCACCUGGACGUCCAAGAAGAACAGCUCAGGACAGGGCUGAAACCCGGUGACCCGGGAUAUGGUGCAGAGCCCAGCGAUAGAUAUGGUAAGUUUGGCUUGUGCAUUGCACUACUUUGGCCUGUCAGCACCAGAGCUAACCUAUUCUUUGUUCAGGCUACCUAACCACGCUCAAAGA